CUCUUUUGAAGGUUGAGCAUGGUUAGGUCCAAAACGUGCCCGAAACAAAAGAUAUUUGUGAGAGGAAUCUGUCGGCUUCUUUACAAGUAGGCCUCGACUGCUUAUCUGAUACUUUUUGAAAAGGAAUUAAAGACAAUCAGUUGUGAUCUUAUUGGUCGAGUCCCUGGAGAGGUCAGCCACGCCAAUAACAUACUCCGCUCGGUGAAUCUGCGUCCAUCUUAAGCUUGUGCAGAACAACUUUGCAAGGCUCCGAUAUAUCUCAGCUUUCCUAGGAAAGAACUGAAACCAUGUUUCGGCCGCACCCAAAAAGAACUGCCCAACAAGCAGCCGGCUCUGGAGGAAAGAGACCGCGACUGUCCAAGGCACCCAUGUACACUCCGCGCCGAGAAGAUUUGUACCCGGGAGGUGCUAAAAAGGGCAAACAUGAUCACUGGGCAGCCUUAGGAGCUUGGUUCUUGGGGCCCAAAGCAGAAAAUGGAGAUGUGUUUAGAGACCUUUUGACGGGAGCUGUCGACCAUCAUAUCUCAUUUCGUCACAACUAUUUCCCCUGUGAUCCGCCGUACGUUACGGAUGAGCUUCGAGAGACUACAUCCUUUAAGAAUUCUAUGGAACAUUUGAAGACAGAAAUGGACAACUUGCAAACAGACCUGGAGAAAUCUGUGCCUUUCUUUAGCUCGAGAUACAAGGGACAUGUUCUUUGGGAGACAGCCAUGCCAGCCAACCUCGGCUAUAUGUCUGCCAUGUUGUUUAACCAGAACAACUGCGCUGCGGAGGCAUCGACCGUCACUACAAAGUUCGAGGUGGAAGUUGGAAAGGAUUUGUGUAUUAUGAUGGGAUAUGAUGGCGAUAAAGCCAUGGGUCACCUGACUGCUGGUGGGUCUGUUGCCAACAUUGAAGCAAUUUGGGCGGGAAGAAAUGUCAAAUACUUUCCAUUAGGAUUGCAGGAGGCUUUGCUGAAGGAAGAAAAACUUGCUGCUGCCAGAGGCUACAAGGUCACCUUUCCUCAAAGAGAAGGAGAAAAAGGAGAAGUUCAAAGUGCAUCCCAAUGGGAACUUCUCAAUCUUGACGUAGACACCAUUCUGUGAAUGCCAAAGGAUGUGGAAGACUUAACUGGUCUCCAACAUCAAGAGUUCAUGGGGAUCAUGGGCCAGUAUCUUUAUGAAUCUGUUGGUGCGCAAGAGUUUGCUCGCCGCCACAUGCUGACACAGAGUCCUUGUGUGAUUGUACCAAGUACAUCGCACAUAUCGCUGACCAAAGCAGUUACCAUUCUAGGACUGGGACGAGAAAGCCUCGUCAUGGUGGCAGUUGACGAAGAUGCCCGAAUGGAGCCAAAGUCAUCGGUCUCCACAAAAAUGGAUACGGCCGUAUCCUGGCUGAAUGCAUGUUUACUGCUAAGAUCAUGUACUGCCUGUGGGUAACUCUAGCUCAGGACGAUGACAACUUUGUCUUGGAAACGACAAGAGCGCUUCCCAAAAAAUACAAAAAGAUGUCUGAGAAGCAGCAAAAAGAGUUUAUUAGGGAGAGAAUCCUGGGGAAAAGCAACGAAGAACUCGUAAAGGAUCAGGAAGCUAUGGAGUAUCUUCUGGAAGUUGGUCCCGACACCAUGAUACCGUGUUUUUCUGUCAACUUGAAAGGAAACAAAAAUGUUGAAAAGUGUAAUGAAAUCAACUUGGCACUGUUCCAGGACCUGUGUCACACAUCUAGUGAGCAGACCGCGCAUCGAAUACCAUUGGUUGUUACGGCAUCAAGUUUGGUUCCCCAUAAGCACAGUGCUGCUGUUCCAAAUUUCAAGAAAAGAUUAGGGUUGGAACACAACAAUGACACACCAGUCAAAUACAUCAUCACAACCUGCAUGGAUCCAUGGGCCACAUCCACAGAAUUUUUAGACGACAUGGGUGCCAUUUUGAGGAAUGCAAUCCUUAAUGCAAUUGGAACGUGUACCGAUCCCAAAGCUUUCCACAACUUUGUCACCACGGGAGUUGUCAAUCAGGAAAAUGAAGUGAUUGCAUCUUACGUCGGAGACUUCGACGAUGUUUCAAAGCAGUAUGACAAUGUGGUGAAACUGAAGUUCCUCCACGACAAAGACGCCGAGAGGUAUAUGUCCAUGCAGGAAAAACUGCUAAAGUCCAGCAUGGAGCCUCAACCAAUCGUGUUUAGAAGCAAAAAGCAAAGAUUUCAUGAAACCUUCUUCGAACAGUCUGAGUACGCUGAGGAAAAGGAAAAGUUCGACUGCUUCGUUGGUAUGCCUUCUGAUCAUGACAAGAAUCCGUUCAUGUCUGCAAAGAUGAAGAUCAUCGAUGUUCCACGGUACGAGCACUUUGACAAAGGCGACUACCAAGAUCACGGUACCUACUUCAUGUAUGGCGACAAGAAGAGUGUGUUCCUGUUUCACAUUCCAACCAAAAGUCCAGAUUUCUUUCAGGUGGUUCAGCUCGAUGGUGCCCCUGAAAAUGUUGGUACGGAGGAGGUGGUAGACUUGUUGCUCAGACAUGGAAUUGAGGUGGAGAUUCCGAGCAUCUCUGGUUCACCACAGAUCGCGGGUGGAGAGGUUCAAGACCCUUUGACCAAGAAUAAGUUCGACAUCUCCUUUGUGGGGAUCGACGGUGCAGAAGUGACAUCCAAAGUGAAGAUAGCAAGAAAAAUCUGGUUUUCUGGAACUAUUGUGUAAUGGGUUAGGCAUUACAAGGGACUUCGUGUGGUUCAUGGACCGUAAACUUUCCUCAUAUUUUAUCCUUGUAGACAUAGAUAAUCUGGUGUAAAGGUUUGCUUUUCCGGCUGUGUGAGGUAUCCCUGCUGAUGUGCAAAUUCAGUUUUGCGAAUCACUCCCGCGAUCUUCCACUAACUAACCAAACUGACUGGAAAUAACGUGUCAUUUCAACGUUUGGUAUCAGUGUCUGCGGCUACUACAUUAGGACAUAACAGUUCCUUUUUCUUUAAGCAAUUACUUAUACCUAACACUGUUGCAUUGCUCGUCCUUUACUUGUUGUCCAGUUAAAAAAUAAAAUCCUUGCAGAACUGCAUCGUCAGUUUCCGCUGCUCUACUAAUGUUUUAAGUUAAACUGUAGUCCAUUUUCGAUCCCAGUUUAUCAUUUAAAAUUCUAAAAUAAAAACAACGGGGAUAAGAAAGAAGAGCUGUCUGGUAACCACAGUUGUGAUAAAAAAAAUUAAAAAUCAAACACUUUGUGAAAUCUGAACGCAAAUACUAAUUAAAGAGGAUUAUCUGUUCUACCUA